GGCAUCUUUCGGUCUUUUCGGUCUUGCUAUGAAGCACACAGAUGGCAUCGCUGAAACUGUAACGUUUAUCAUUAUAAUAAUCAUUUUUUGAUUCUCUUUCAUCGUCGUAUAUAUAUUCGGUUGAAGUCGGCUUGGCCGUCGGUUGAUGCUGUGAAAUCAGAAGGAGGAGUUCAAGGCGGAAAGAAAAAAAAGGGAGGAAUAAAAGAAAGGGAGCAAUAAAGCUCACAACACUACGCUGAAUGAACUAAAAAGUGACAUUUGUGGAUUUUGUAUCUGUGUCUGAGUCAAGGACUUUCCGAAACUGACCAGCACAGUAGGACUGAAAAGUUGCCAGAAGUUUGAAAAUUAUUCUGUGAAAAGUGUCUCGAGUGGUGAGAAUAAGUGAUUCAUUGUUAAUUGAUAUUGACUGAGGAUUAAAAAUAUGUCUCGGCCCAGUGACAGGCAGAGUUAUGCACAGACAUACAAAUUAGUUGUUGUGGGCGGAGGGGGUGUUGGAAAAUCUGCCAUUACCAUACAGUUCAUUCAGAGCUAUUUCGUUACGGAUUAUGAUCCCACAAUCGAGGAUUCGUACACGAAGCAGUGUGUCAUUGACGAAGUGCCAGCAAAGCUUGAUAUUUUAGAUACUGCAGGCCAGGAAGAAUUCAGUGCCAUGCGUGAACAGUACAUGAGAAGUGGAGAAGGUUUCUUGCUGGUUUUUUCAGUCACAGAUCACUCUUCCUUUGACGAAAUAAUGAAAUUUCACAAACAGAUUCUCAGGGUCAAAGACCGUGACGAAUUUCCCAUGUUGAUGGUGGGAAAUAAAUGUGAUCUUGACCACCAAAGAUCCGUGGCAGUUGAUGAGGCACAAAACUUGGCUCGAGUUUUGAAGAUUCCGUACAUUGAAUGUAGCGCCAAAUUACGCAUGAAUGUCGAUCAAGCUUUCCACGAGCUUGUGAGAAUUGUUCGGAAAUUUCAGUUGUCGGAGAGACCGCCAUUGAAGCCAAAUUACAAGAAAAAUAAGAAAAAAUGCUGCAUGUUAUAAGUUGACAGCAGGAGAACUGAGAGGAAAAUCAAACUCCGGGUCUGAAUGACUUUCGUAAAAAUAUUCUUCCGAGCCAUUUGCUCCGCGUAAAUGGCCCUUCACGGAACAGCAAUCUUAAUCCUAAUUUUUUAAUUUGAGUUUCUUUUUCAUUACUUUUCUUCUGACUUUAUACUUACGGUUUUUCUAUUAUUGAAAAUUUACCAAAUUUGCGAAAAUAUUUCAUCUGGUGUUGAAGCUCGAUGGAAUAUAUUUUAUAAAAAGCACAAAAUGAUAUUGAUCAUCAUCAAAAUGGAGAGGGUCUUUCCAGUUUUUUGAGUAAAAGAUAUUUUUAUAUAUCAUAUAUUUAUAUAUGAAAAUGUGUGCAAGGAGCCUGAAAAUCAACUGGCGUACCUGCCUAUUUAGUUAUUAUGAAUGAUAAGGAAAUGAGGAAAUUACACUGCCUAAUUGAAAAAUAAUGAAUUUCACAAGAUUUAAUGUUUUAUUAGAAAUUACCAAAUGUGGAGAUUAGCAAAUUAUAGGAAUGUCAACGUAUCAAUAUCUUAAAUUGUCGAUUUUGCAGAGGAAUUAAUGUCGAAGCGUACAAACUAACACAGUUUAAUCAUUACAUUCAAUAUAUAUUUUUUAUAAGUUCAGUUUGGUUAUUUGUUGCAAUGUAUUUGUUAUGAAUUUAACGUUUUACUAAACGGAGGAGUAAUUUACAUGUAGUGAACGAUGAGAACAACAGAUAGUAAUACCCAGUGGUAGAAAAAGUUACGGGCCUACUUAUGUAUUUAACAGUACUCUGUAAAUAGUUAGAUUUACAAAUUUCGAAUCAUUUUUAAGACGAUAUUUAUUGCUACAAAUUUUUACUUGAAGUUUCGUAUGAAAAAAGACAACAGACUGCGGAAAAUUACGGUAUAUUACUGUAUUUACAUGUACACUGCCGGAAGUCAAUGGAUUUGUGAAUAUAAAUUUUCAGAGUUUGGACAAUAAUAAUAUGAUGAAAUGAAAAAAAUCGAAUAAAUGUACUAAACAAAAAAAUUCAAUCGUUCACACAUCAUUACGAUUGGGAGUAUAUUUUCCGUCCCAAAGUGGUUUAUCAACUUGCUUUUUUUCCAGAAUUUCGAUAUUGUCAUUGGUAACUGACUCGAUAUUUUUGCCGUGUAAAAUUAAAUUGGUCUUCAAAGCACUGAGCGAUUGACCUAGACGUUUUAUUUCUUUCAAUAGUACCGAAAUUUUCUCCAUCCAUUCUUCGUACUCUCUGUGUGUUGCUCCUACAUUAGAAAUAUGUAUCUCAUUUCGGAAAUUGUGUAUCAUUCUAUUAUUUUUAUUCAUUUUCUUUAGCAAAUUUCUGUUAUAAUGCAGAUGAUAUUCCAUAAUUUUUCGUAAAUUACAAAUUCUUUUAUUUUUUGAUUUUAUAAGAUUUUCAAUGUGUGAGAUUUUUGAAUUAAAUGUCUCAAGUUUAUGAACUGAAUAAUCUUUCCUGCUCAUGAGACCAAUUCGAUGAUGAAUUUUGCAAUCCAAUUGCUGCUUAUAAUAACACUGCUCUGCCACCAGCCUCUCAUAAUCAUCCUUGCUCAAAUUUGGCAUCGUUGAUAUAAUUGAAUGCAAAUUGUUUUCAAUUAGUAUCAACUUAUUUCUUAUUUUGAGCUGAAAAAAAUUAAAUUUAUGCAUUCGCAAGCGCUUGAUGGAACAAAGCCGUUAAAAUUUCCUUACGUACGUAGGACAGACGAAAGUGUGAGACUUUAUUUAUUCUUCCUAUUUGUCUUGAUAACAAAUUGUCCAUUUUCCUCAGAGCAAGUAAUUUUGCGUGCGGUGCAAAACAAAUACGAAUUUCUUGUUGCGUCACAAUGAUGGAUUGAACUAGCUCCUCAGCUUUUUUAUUUUCAACCGCUAUUUCCAUGCGUAUAGCCGACAACUCUUCAUUCCACCUCCCUUCACUCGAUAAUGUUUUGAUAUUCUGCUUAUCUAACAAUUUAAGUUUACACAAAUAUUCAUCGAGUGUAGUUGGCUCCUCAUACUUGUCGGAACAUACAUGAAUCAUCUACGGAAAUAAUAAAAGAAAAUUCCUCUUAUAGAAAUGCAAAAAUCAAAUCAAUUUGAAUAUUACUUGCUUCCUCGUAAAGUGCUCGACGAGGUGCUCAUGAAACCAAUUAUUUUUCAUUCUAUUCAUCCCUUUCUCAUUAAUGGUAUUCUCCAAUUGUUCUAGCAUUUCAGAUCUAUUGAAUUUUUCAAGAGUGACUGUGGUACAAGUGGAUUCGUCGGAUUCACUUUGAUCACUCCGAGAAGUUGUGGAAUUCUCGGGCUGAGACAUGAGUUCUUCGUCAGAGUGUGGAGGUGACAGUUAGGUUGACAAGUAUCUUCAAUAACAAAUAUGAGCAACUUGCUUCGAGAAUGUCAUAGCGAUUGGACCAAAGUUUCCAUGGUUUCCACUAUUUCGUCGAUAAGUGUACGAAUGACUCUAUGGCAUUCAGCUAGAAUUAGCGGGAACUGGUUGAAAAUAAAUGAUUUAUCUCAUCGUUUGAUACAAUAAAUUCCGUUUAUUGAA